UACAAUCUUACAAUUUCAUGAAACUUUGAAACCCUUCUUUGUUGAUCCUCAAUCAUGGUCACACUUGUGAAUCUACUACUGAAAAUGCACAUAUUUUUCGCCUUUCUUAUGCUAACAUGCGCCUCCGCCACCAUCUCCACCGCCGUACACCACCGCCGUACACUCCACCAACCAUUCUUCCCACAGCCACAAGACCACCCAACCCUCCCUCCGUCACAACCUCCGACCCAACCACCACCGUUGUCACCACCAUCGUCACCACCGUUGCCACCACCAUCGUCACCACCAGUGUCAUCACCACCGUCGCUAAAUGUCCCGUUUUUAUCCACCCCAUCUCCCACCACAACGCCACCAGACGACCAACCAUUCUUCCAGACAAUCCCAUCACCACCACCACCUCCGGCGACACCCUCCACCCCCUCCGGCGUCUCCCUCCCGGCCAACAUUUCCUCCCUUAGCCUCCCAACAUCCCCAAAAUCCAAACGACCGUCAUCUAAACUCGUCCCCGUCGCUAUAACUCUCGUCGCAGCCGCUCUUCUCAUCCUUCUAGUUCUCAUAAUACUAAAGAUCCAAUACAGGAAAAGAAAUCCCGACGAUUCUAACUCCUUUAGCGACGAAAAACUACCCAACAACACUUCAGUAUUCACUACAGCUAUCAACAAUAAUGCAGCAGCCAAUAGCUACAACCGUAUACCUAAACUCACCCGCCCGUCUCAAACGAGCUCUGAGUUUCUUUAUCUUGGCACUCUUGUAAACUCCCAUUCUAAUAUUAGCAAACAUAAUAACAACAGUGACGACGGAGAACCAGCUUUGCAGAAAGUCGGUUCUCCGGAGCUUCGGCCGCUACCGCCUUUAAGCGGUAGCAUUGGUGGAACUGGAAGAACUCAUACGACGGUUCUUCAUUAUGAAACCUCAAGAGAUGGUGGUGAUUCUGAAGCUUUUUAUUCUCCUAGGGUUUCUGAUGGUGGUGUCGCAGGUGGUAGAACAUCGGUGACGGGUAACCGUCAAGGGAGGAGAAGUGUCGGGUCGGGUUCGUUGUCGUCUUACUCGUCUUCGAGUUCCGGGUCUCCUGCAAGGUCUAUUUCGUUGAGUAUAUCUCCGCCGGUUAGUUUGAGUCCAAGAACUUCGAGAAUGAAGUCGCCGGAUCUUGUUACGAUUCCCACCGCUCCUCCGCCGUCACGACCACCGCCCCCACCGCCGCUUCCGCCGCAUGUUUUCACGGUUAAGUCUCCGGAAAUUGGGUUGAGUAAAGAUAGUUUUGAGUCGUCUCCUAGACUGUCGAAUUCGUCGAAUGACCAGAGCUUUCCUCCGGUGAAAAUCCCGCCGCCGCCUCCGCCGCCGGUGAAUGCACCGGAAGUUACAACUCCUGUGACUCGGCUGAAUCCACCGGUUUUGAUUAAACCGUCGAGAGGUGUACCGGUGAGUACUCAGCAGGCUUAUGUUUAUACAAUGCAGGAAAGUCAAGAACAUGUGGAAACAAAUGAGAAAACCGCGAAACCGAAGUUGAAACCGCUGCAUUGGGAUAAAGUGAGAGCAAGUUCUGAUCGAGAAAUGGUGUGGGAUCAUCUCAAAUCCAGCUCCUUUAAAUUAAAUGAAGAGAUGAUUGAGACGUUGUUCGUUGUAAAACCGCCAAAUCCGAGUAAUUUAAAAGAAAAAUCGCCGGUUAAACGGCCGCUUUUUCCUUCGGCAAUCGACCAAGAAAACCAAGUUCUUGAUCCGAAGAAGUCUCAGAACAUCUCAAUCGCGUUGCGGGCGCUUAAUGUGACUACCGAAGAAGUUUGUGAUGCGCUUUUGGAUGGUAAUGUAGAUGCGCUCAGAACCGAGCUGCUUGAAAGUUUGUUGAAAAUGGUACCAACGAAAGAAGAAGAGCGUAAACUGAAAGAGUAUCGAGAUGAGUCGCCUUAUAAGCUUGGUCCGGCCGAGAAGUUCCUGAAAGCGGUGCUUGAUGUUCCUUUUGCGUUUAAAAGAAUCAGUGUAAUGCUUUAUGUUUCCAAUUUUGAUUCCGAGGUUGAGUACCUUAAAAGUUCGUUUCAAACUCUUCAGGCUGCUUGUGAAGAACUUAGAAACAACAGAAUGUUUCUAAAGCUUCUAGAAGCCGUUCUCAAAACCGGAAACCGGAUGAACGUUGGCACAAACCGUGGCGAUGCACAGGCAUUCAAUCUCGACACACUCCUCAAACUCAUCGAUGUAAAGGGCGCCGACGGGAAAACAACUCUUCUACAUUUUGUGGUUCAAGAAAUAGUAAGAACCGAAGGUGCGCGGGUCAGCAACCCCACCUCUAACCAACCCGCAAACGGUCUUCAAAUCAUCUCAAAUCUCCCUUCGGACCUUUCAAAUGUUAAGAAAGCUGCAGCCAUGGAUUCCGAGGUUCUUAAAGGGGAUGUCGCGAGACUCUCAAACGGGAUUGCUAAUACUAUCGAUGUCGUUAAACUAAUGGAAAGCACAAAGUUUUCUGAUUCAUUGAGCAGAUUCUUGAAGGUUGCGCAAGAGGAGGUGAUGAAGAUUCAAGCUCAAGAAAGUGAAACUCUUUGUUUAGUGAAACAAAUCACUGAGUAUUUUCAUGGGAACUCUGCUAAAGAAGAAGCUCACCCAUCAAGAAUAUUCAUGGUGGUGCGGGAUUUCUUGACGGUUCUCGAUGUGGUUUGCAAAGAAGUCGGGAUGUUAAAUGACCGAACGACGGUCAAUUCGGUUCAUAAGUUUCCGUUGCCAACGAUCCCGGCUCCAGUUUUUGAUGGAUUUCAUGGAAGGGGACAGUAUAGUUCUUCUGAUGAUGAAAGCUCUUCUUCUUUGUAGGUAUUUAUAAAGUUAAAUGUUUAGAUGAUUUUGGGUAGAUUCUGAAUGUGGAAAAAACAAGAUGAAAUCCUUGUAAAAAAAGUUUGGAUCUGAAUUAAGUUGGUAAGUUAUGAAGAACUCAUUGUAAUAUUUGUUGAAGAACAUGUCAAUUAUUUGUGAUCCAUGUAUGCUAAAGGUGGCAAUCAUGA